AUGGCUUCGUUUAGAGAAAAGAACUUAAAUGCAGGCUCGAAGAGUGCUUUUCGAAAGUCAACACCCGAAGAAGCUCCGAAGACCAAAAGUGUCGCUGAAAUAUGGUCGGAGGCGAUGGAGCAGAUUAAAAAAGACUACAACCUCUCCUCCAAAGACUUUGAGAAAUGGGAUGGAAAGCUUGGUCAAGGAGAAACUGGCACUGAGAAAGCACAGGCGCUGUUCGCGAAUUCGCGGCAUCCACGUGAUAAGAAGGAUAAGGUGAUGAAAACGGUCGGUAACUGCCUUGAAUGGGUUCAAGAUGGCCUUGGCUUUGUGAAAAACAACAUCUCCGGGUCUGCCGCCCAAAACGUCAGUGAAGAUUUCGACCUGAUAGAGUCGACUUUCGAGACUCUAGACAACGCACUUAAGGACAUUAGAGAUCUGCGGAAGUUCAAAUCAGACAGCAUUACCUUUCUUGAAAGACUGACUGCUAUCUUCAUUGCUAUGCCAGAGCUGAAUUUUGCAGAACGUUGGUUCAAGUCACUAUUGAGAGGAAGAGACCCAAACAUCCAAGGCGCAUGCGCAAAUGUAGAAAAGGCGAUUCAAGCGUUUCGUGAUAUAGUGCCACUUCAAACCCUAGGCCAAAUCCAGACAAUAUCUGCGGCUAUGCAGGAUAUGCCCGACCGAUUCGUCGAGCAACUGCAAACAAAGCUAAAAUACUCCGAGCUCCAGUCGCUUUGGGGCCGAUCGCAAAAUUCAUUGGAUUUGAUAAAGGAGCAUUUUAAGAAGAACAACCUCUUCAACUCCGAUGUUGAAGCGCGAAUAGAAGAUCAGCUGAAGCUUGUGGACAAACAGUUUGUGGGCGGCACAUUCUCGUGGAUAGAGGACGAUUCAACUUAUAAAGCAUGGGAAUCAGGCCUCAAAGCUCCGUAUCUCUUCGUUCUGGGGAGUGCCGGGUCUGGAAAAACAUUUUUUGCUUGUCACUGUUACAAGUCAAUCCAAAAGUAUAGUUUGAUGACUAUUGAAAAUAGCAAGGACAACUUCGAGAGGAGGACAGCCCCAUUCGUUACUUAUUUCCCGUUCAAGAUUGGCAGGGAAGAGUCUCAGGAACUGGGAAAUGUUCUUGCAUACACUAUCCUUCAAGUUGCGAAGCAAAACAAAAAACUCAGUGAUUCCAUCGCCAAAGACUUGCAAGCUUUUGAAAAAGGAAAUGAUGUCAAUCCUGAGACAAGAAACAGGUUUCUUUGGCAAAACCUCCUAGUGACGAAGUUUGAGAAAAUAACAGAGGCCCCAAGGGAGUUGCUCAUUAUUCUUGACGGAAUUGAGGUGAUGAAAGAGCCAGAAUGUAAAAUGAUGCUGGACCUAUUCCAAGAGUUGAGUCCAGAGAAAUGCGGAGUUCGAGUAUUGAUGACAGGAACAGAAAGCGCCUUGAUAUCCAAAAAGGGAUUUGGACUUUCAGGAUGCCCGAAAAUCACUUUGGGUGAAAAGAUCAAAAAGGAAAAUGAUAUUCGAAAAAUUAUGGACUUCCGAAUCAGAAAUUCAGAGAGACUGAGAUCAUACGAUGAGCGGGUUUGGGACAAAGUAGAGCAGAAGCUGGUUAAUAGCCCGAAUCCAAUCUCCACGGUGAAUAUCACGAUGACGGUGAUGGAACAGGCUGAUGAUGAAAAUCAUGGUAUGGAGAUGAUAAAGGAGUUGACGAAACCGAACGGGCUGUAUGAAGCGAUGAUUCGCUCCGUACUCAAUAAGAAAAGUGAUAAGGAGCGUGAAUUCUUCCGGUUCAUCUUUGCUCUAUGCACUUUCACCCAGCAAUCAUUGAGUAUAUAUGUUCUACGAGAAUUUGCAAAGCAAGAGCCGAUGUUUCGGAAUUCAGGCUUGGAUGUGGCUGAUCAGAUUGAGAAAUGCCUGUCAAACUUCUUGAACGUGACGAAAACAUCCGAUGAUAAAUCCGCCCCAGAACUGGGUCAAGGGGAAGACAAAAAAGACGACAAAGUUGCUAUCAGCAAACGUCAGUUGGUCACUUUCCAACAGCCCUCUUUUGUUGAAUAUCUUGAGACCAACAGAAAUGAUCUGAUACCAGAGCCUUUGAAAUCAAAAGUGUCUUUCUUUGUGAAAUUGACAAAUUUACUUUGCGGGAAGGAUGCUGAGAGUGCUGAACUCCGCGAAAUCUUCCAAGGCUAUGCUGCUCAAUGGUUCAUGAAACAUCUGAAAGAUAUUGAUGUUAAAAAAGCGGACCCUACAGAUGGCCGUCAAGUUGUUGAAGCCCUUACUCGGGUAUUCCACAACGACGGCGAAGUUUCUCGGAUCUUUGAAGAUCUUUUCAGUAAUUCAGACGGCUAUACCUAUGAGUAUGGGGAUGACGUUUACAAAAUAUCGACCGAACCGGGAUCAAGUGGUUUUGAGAAUCUCAAAGUCCUUCGAGAAUGGGCCAACAAGAUGAAUUUUCACGACGAAGAAGACCUCUCUUCUCAGGCAAAGAAAUGGGUUAAAUGUGUCAUUCAUGAGCCUCAUAAGAUACUAGAAAAUUUGGCUCGGGGCCAUUUUCAGAGAUGGACGAAAACCAGGGUCUAUGAAGAUGCCAAAGUCCCUUACAAUUUUCUUUGUCUUGCCCUCCAAUUGCGACAUAGGACUUCAGACGACUUUGAAGAGGCUGGCUCUAUGAAAAUCAACUCCCUGUUGAAAUAUGCAAUAGAGGAGAGGUUCAUUCAGACACCGAUUCAAAUCGCUCGAUGCCAAAUCUCUGCAGCGUUGGUUUUGCAUAAUGGCUCUUGUGACGAAAAAGAUAAAGAGCUCGCACGCAAUAUUUAUCAAAAAAUCCUCGAGCAGAAGUCAAUAUCAGGGCCAGAGAAGUUCUAUUCGCAUUUGGGACUCGCGGAGCACUUCUACGGAGGCAAUCGAGAAGACGUUGGAGAUAAGCGCUGGAAUUCAGUCUCUGAGCAUGCGAAUGAAGCAUUACGUGCCUGGUGGAACGAAAAAAGUGCCCUUGGCUCUGACUUGAAUGAAGAAAGAUGUAUCAAAGCAUAUUUUCUUAAUGCCUAUGCAUUAAAUCGGCGCAAAAAUGAUGAGGAAGCAAUCAAAACCUGCCAUCGAUGCCUCGACGAGGGCUUUCAAUAUAACUCUUUGAUAUCGGAGACUCUUUCCCUCCUUGUUGACAUUCACUCCAAGAAUAAGAGCUGGUACAAAAUUAUCAGUCUUAUCUCGCAGCAGAAACCAGAUAUCCAAGCUGAGUUUCUCUGUCAUCUUUUUGAAUCGGAGAGCUCUGACAGAAUUUAUCUUCUGAUGGAGGCGGCGGUGAAAUCAAACAGAGUCGAUUAUCUCAUUCGAAUAGUCGAAGGAGUGCGCGAAAAUAGUGAGGGAAAGGACGACAAGAAGCUCUUUUUUAUGACAUGGUUGCUUGCAAACAUCUACCAGAUCAUAGCUAAGGUACCAAAAAUGGCUGAGAAUCUCCUCACGAGCGGUAUUCCGCACAGCAACCAGUACAGUAUAAUCUAUUCUUACGUCGUCUUCCCCAACCUCGUCACUAUCUACCAGGAGUACUUUAUGAAUGCUUGCUCUGAAAAGGCCCAGUUAGCCUCGGUUAAAUUAUUGGAAAACGUUAUAGGGACUUACGAGAAGAAUAUCCUCCAAGAAAGCAAUAACCUUUCAAUGGCUGAAUUGGCACUUGCGAAGAUGUACCUCAGUAUAGGUAAUACCCAGCAAGUUGAGGCUCACGUUAAUCGCGCCUUUGAGAUAUGCAUUAUCGAUUUGGAGGAUUCCGUUGUCUCCAACGAUCAAGGUGCUUUCCGUGCACUAGCCAAAGCGUUGGCAUUCCUGGGGUUUAAAAAGGAAGCUCAGGUUGCGCUUUCGCUCAUGUUUUCGCGGGUCGGAGGGGUUGAUGAUGAUGCAUCAUCACCACUCGAGGAAAUCAAUCCGGCGAUAACAUCUCUUGACACGGAUGACGAUAAGGUGAAUGACCUUGUAGAGAAUGGGGAGAUACUUGGCAAGAUUGAGACUACCACGGCUACUACCGAUAAAGAUGCCACAAAGCUGACCAAUACGGUUUCGGAUCAAGAGAGCAGCGAUCAUGAUGUCACGCCGCUUGUAAGUGAGGAUUCUACCCCUGAACAGAAAGCUAAGGAUGAAUCCACAAAUUCUAUCUCGGAAACAACCCAUUCGCCAUCCUCAGAUUUUCAUGAGACUAGAAGGGUUGCUGAUUUCGAUGAGCGGACUGGAGACCAACUUGAAAGACAGCCCGAUGAGGGCUCCAAGGAACUCAAAAAGCUAAGUUUGACAUUUUCUCAAGAUUUGAACUUCCCCGAAGAUUCGAACUUUGAAGAAAGUAAGAUCGCUUGCGACGGUGUAUGCGAGCCAAAUUUCGACGUGUCAUCAUUCCAGCCUGAGGGUCCUAAACUUAUGUACUGUCUGGAUUGCAUGAGCACAGACUUUUGCAAAGAUUGCUACAUGAAACAAAUCAAUUUCUUUGACAAGGGCGAAGAUGGUUUCUGGUAUAAAUGCUGCUGGGCACGACACGAAUACCUCCAAGCUCCCAUUGAUGGUUGGCUUGGAGUAAAGAAAGGAUUUAUUUAUACGGAACAAAAAAACGAUGAGGGAAAAGUUGAGAUAAGGAAGGUUCAAUUCGAAGAUUGGUUAAUGAGUGUCAAGUGCCGUUGGAAAAAGCGCAUCAAAACUCCUGCCGUCUGGGAUGAACUUCGAGCCUGGCAGCGUCCGCAAGCAUUGUUUUGA